CCUUCCUUCGCAACACCCGAAGAUUGGGGGCGUAUCUAUAUAAAUACAGGUCUAGGUAUCAUUCGAUAAUUGCUUUAUACCAGUGAUUAGCCAAGAUAAUAUCCAUUUGGAUUAAUUUAUCCAAAGAAAAUUCAGGGAGAAAAAUCAAGAACCUUGUAAAAUGAAAAUCAUCUCUUGUAUACUUCUUCUGUGUGUGAUUAAUGCAGUCGGUUCUCAACUAACACAUGCAAAUGUGACACAGGAGUUACAGACUCUCCAACAGAAUCCUGGCGGGGUACCCAAGGUGUGUCGACGGUUUGUCAUAAGAGGGAUCCAAAAGCUAACCAGAGGAUUAUUUUUCACAAAAAAAGAAUUAAUGAAGAAACUAAAGAAAUUUAAGGAAAAAGAAUGCAAUGAUUGGACGGAAGAGGAAACACUUCAGAAACGUGAUAAAUCUUCCUCCUGUAAUUAUAAUGACGGUGACACGUGCUGUCCAUCAUACUGGACAUUAGCUUAUCCAACCCAUUUAUACAAUACCGACGGAAAACGACGACAACUUGUCUCCAUCAACAGACAGAGUCAGUCACUUUAUCAGUUCAUUCCAUUAGGAACGUGUGGAUCUGGGGGAGGCUGUGAUAUGUGUAAGCAGGAGUUUACAUUCAGAUCCCUCCUUGUGUACGAUAUUGACUACCCUUACUAUGCGUUUGAUGAGUUUUACUUACAGAGUUACUGUUCCUGUAAAGGAGCCAUGGGAUGAAUGGGACUAUCAAAUUAUCAAAUUUUCAAAGUAGAAAUUUGAUUUUUUUUUUUAAAAAAUAGAGUUUGGAAAUAAAAACUCAAUAUUGAAGAGGAAUGACUUUUUAUCAGUUUAAGGUGUUUGUUUGGAGGAUUUUUAUUUUAAUUUGUGGUUUAUCAAAGUGUUUUUAUAAUGGAAUCUACAGUCUUGGGAGUGAAUACUGUAUUAUUAAUUAAUUAAAACUGAACUGUG